UAGCUGGGAUCAGUCCAACGCAAGCCGCGCCAUCGAGAGGAAGUGGAUUACUAGCUGCCCGAGUGAAGUGCAUCGAAAUUCUAGACGUAUCACGCAUACGCCCGGUAGUACAGCCGUUUAAACCGAUUAACCGAUUAACCGAUUAUGUCGCCGAGAAGGAGCUUGCUGUGCUGCCUGCUGGUGAGCAGCAUCCUGGUGCUGCACCAGGCCCAGGCCAACAUCGAGACAAACGAAGUGGAUGACCCCAGUUGGUACAUGCUGCAGGGUGUGCGUGUGUAUCCCAAUGACCGACAGUGCGUUCUGGUCGGAGGACUGUGUGUCCAGGAGGCGGACUGCAUCGAGCCAACCUCGAACAAGGGCUUGUGUCCCACGAGUGCCGGACAGGGCGUGGAGUGCUGCUACGAACUGCCGGUCAGACCAGCGCCCUGUGCGGAACACCUGGGACAGUGCAUGGACCGAUGCCACCAGAGGCUCCUGCGACCCGGUACCGAUUGCGAGAAUGGCCAAGUCUGCUGUGUCCUGAUUUAGUUAUAUACUUAACCACACCAACACACAUACCCGUGCCGAGGAACAGCAUCACCAAAUCGCUCAGUUAUUCAUUAUAAAAAAACCUCCAAUUUGGGCAAAUCAUUAUGACAAUUCAAAUACCUAAUGCUUAUAUUCAAGAGUUCUAGAAUUUUCCAAAAAUAUUGGUCAACUCUUUUAUUUUCAACAAAUGACUACAAAUUUGAAAGCAAAGAAUUAUUUAUAUUUAUAUGUAUAUACAGUUCUCGCUGUAUAAUAUUUAUCAAAAAAUAGGCGUAACAUUAAAAUGAUUUGCAAAAUUGAGUGUUAAGCGUAUCAAAACUAAUUUGGUUGUGUUAUUUCUCUGUACACACACACAAACACACACACACACACCGUACAUAAACAUGUAUUUAUUUAACUAUAUGUAUAUUAAUUAUAUUGUACGAAUAAUUUUGUAUGACAACUUAAGAACCCCAAAUCUCCCGACAAAGUGAAAUAUUUGACUGCUUCCAAUAAAUGCAUUGUAAAUAUUUUC